ACUAUUAACUGGACUGGCUUUUCUCACUCUCGAGUCUCUGUUUGGUCUCUCCCUGUCUUGGCUCCCCCUUUUUCUUCUCCAUCGUCGUCUCUCUCUCGCUGUCCCCCGGGAGACGCACUCCACAAUUACAUCGCCGGCCGGCGAAUUAGAAUUAGAGAAACCCAAUAACGCGGAAGGAGAUUCCGGGACGUACGAAACUCUGUGCCACAAAUAUCCUCCCUUCGUCGGAUUCUUCCACUUUUUGUGCAAACCCUAAUCUCCCAGCGGACAUCUCUCCAGGGGGGUUAGGAUUUUCGGGGGUUUCUUCCGAUUCCCUCCUGCUUGCCCUCCCUCUCUGAUGCUUCAGGGCCACAAAGAUUCUCGCCAAUGUAUGCCCACUCUCAAUCCAUGAACAUUCCCCACCAGAUCGACGACUUGCCCGGCGGCGGCGGCGGCGGCGACGAAGAAGAUGCUUCCGGAGCCCCCGAUUCGAUGGACCAGCACCAGCUUGAAAACAUUGGAUAUGACGAUGCUGCCGCAGCCGCAGGAGUCGUCGUCGACGACAUGUCUGCUGACUCUGUCUAUAUUUCCUCCAGUGGCGGCCCUGGGUCGGAGCUUCUUAUUCAUGGGGGUGAUAUCACCAACCAGCUUACUUUGACGUUUCGUGGCCAGGUGUAUGUGUUUGACGACGUCACGCCUGAUAAGGUUCAGGCAGUUCUGUUACUACUAGGAGGUUGUGAAAUAAAUUCUGGUCUGAAUGGUCUGGAACUGCCGCCUCAAGGCCAAAGGGGCACAUCUAUGGACUAUCCAGGCCGCUCGACACAACCUCAUAGAGCAGCUUCUUUGAAUAGAUUUAGGCAAAAGAGGAAAGAGCGAUGUUUUGACAAGAAGGUUCGAUAUAGUGUUCGCCAAGAGGUUGCCCAAAGGAUGCAGCGCAACAAAGGUCAGUUCACCUCAUCGAAGAAAGAUGGUACAUAUGGCUGGGACGGCAGUCAGGACUCAGGGCAUGAUGACAGCCAGCAAGAAACCUCGUGUACCCAUUGUGGCAUCAGUUCCAAAUCAACUCCAAUGAUGCGACGUGGUCCAUCUGGUCCUAGGUCUCUUUGCAAUGCAUGUGGGCUUUUCUGGGCAAACAGGGGAACACUGAGAGAUCUGUCCAAGAGAAACCAGGAUCAUGCUUCUUCCGCUCCAGUAGAGCAGAACCAGGCGGAAGCUGAAGCAAACAUGUUGGAGUCAGGAGGAGAUGGGGCCCAUACCAACACUGAACAACUAGUUGUUUACUCAAAUGGCGAUGAGUCUGGUCUAAUUUCAGGAGAGCCCUGAGAGAUGGGGAAAGAAGGCAAAGGCUGAGUUAUUAUUAGACAGUCGAGGAAGAACUUCUAGUUGAGGGAAAAGAAAGUUUCUCUGGGAAUGUACAGCUAAUGAAUGAAUAUAAGCCUGCCAUAAUCUUUAUUGAUCAGAUAUUGGCCCUCUCUGUACAUGAAGAUGGAGAGUCAGAGACUACAUAUCUCAUCUCCUUUUCCAAUGGUGGUGACUAGGGUCUCGGCAGCCAAUGAGAUAUUCUUUCUGAUCUUACAUUAUCCCAAAUGUACCAUGUGUGACAUUAUGUAAAACAGGAAAUAGGGGUAGCUUGUUGAUGAAGUGAUUCGGUCCUUUUUUCUUUCCUCCUAUGAAUUUGAAUUGCCGGAAACUACCCCAUCUGGCUUUUCUGGCGGUUUUGGUUAACUAACGCCAUAUGCAUACGGAUAGAGCGGGAAAAACUCAUUCGGAACUCGACUCGUUUACUAACGAGUUUGAGUUGAGGUUUUUGCAGCUUGAUGAGCUCCCAAGCUAGCUAGACUCGGUGGUUUGUUGAGCUCAACUUGUGAGUUGACUCAUUUAGAGCUUAUUAUGUAUCAACUCUCAACAUUGUGACUAGAAAGCCAACUUGAUUACCGAUUUUAUG